AUGUAUUGGCCGUACAUUACAUCGCCUAACAAUCAAAGAGGUGGUGCCUGUCGACUGCCUGGACAGACACCCAACACACAUACUACUUGUGCCAACUGCACCGCCAGUGUCUACAGUCCGCGAGGCAAACGAGGCAAAAGAGGACCUCCUGGGGAGUCGGGAACCCCGGGACCAUUGGGCUUAGCCUCCCUGGGCAUCACUUUAUCUCCCGGUGACUUACUUCUGCUCAAAGGUGAGCCUGGCCAACCAGGACCCCCAGGCUCUUCGGGACCACCCGGACCUACUGGACUGCCGGGAUUUGAUGGUAGGGUUGGAUUGCCGGGCGAACCAGGUCCGCCAGGACUUCCCGGACCCAUCGGACCAGAGGGUCCUCUCGGGCCCAUCGGAAAGGAUGGUCUGACCGGACCGAAGGGCGAAAUGGGCUCAAUGGGACUGCCCGGCCAUAAUGGACUUAAAGGAGAUCCAGGAGACAAAGGAGAGAAGGGUGACAGAGGGCUGACCACAACGUUGGAUGGAAACGCUUUCCCCACCGGUUUCAUCGAAGGACCCGCUGGACCUCCAGGACCCCCGGGACCUGCUGGCCCUCCCGGCCGAAAGGGCGACGUCGGUAUCCCCGGUCCUCCCGGAGAGCACGGCGAGAAGGGGGACAAAGGGGAAAGGGGUCGCAGGGGUAAAAGGGGCAAAUCUGGCAAACCUGGUAUUCGCGGACCUGCCGGAGACUCCGGCCUUAAGGGAGAACCAGGAGAUUCGGGACUUUUAGGUCCUAAAGGAGACAUUGGUUUACCCGGUACUCAGGGCGAGCGAGGCUUACCCGGUAAUGACGGACUCGGUGGACCUCAAGGACCCCCUGGUCUGCCCGGCGCUGUCGGCUCUAAAGGACAACCCGGAGAUAUGGGUCCGCCAGGAAUGAUGGGUCCACCGGGUCUUCCCGGCCCGCCCGGAAAGUUUGGCCCCAAAGGAGAUCGCGGAGACAAAGGAGACGCCUCU